CAACCUCCCCUUUUUUCUAAAGUUCCAUCUUUUCUGUUUCCAUUUUUAUUAUCAAUUAUUAUUCGAUGAACAAUUUUGAAAAAUGCAAAUACACAAUUCCGCAAUGCUCGAGACCUCGCAUCUUGAAUCCGGAUGGAUUUAUUGGUAACGGAAGAUGUUAAAGAGUGUGUUGAUCGGGUCCGCAAUGCCGGGACCAAGACUAAAUCCAAAACUGGUCGACUGUCACGGCGCCGCGAAUUCAAGCGUCGUGGGCGGGUCUGGGUCGUUUCAAGUUGGGCAAGUCUAGCAAGCUUCAAAGAGGGUGACGACGUCUUCUCACGUCCCGUCGGGGCGCAGUCUUUCACCAACCCACCAUACGCCGGGGAUCACCAUGCAACCCCACAAAUUACAUAAAAUACGACGUCCAGGGGAACCACUCAAGAGCCGGCCUAGAGCCUCUUCUUAUGCUUGCCGUUAAACGCUACAGGGAUUCGUUCUUGAUUCCCAUGUCCUCUUCGUCGUAUUGUGCGUUUUUGUACGAUGGUUGGGGCUUUGUUAACCUCCUGGCCAACCUCGAAACAUGUAGGUAUUCGUACUUAAUCGUACUACACCCACCAUCUCCUUUUUGCUGUAGUUUUAUAUCUCUUAUUUUCGCUUUCGUUAUAUUCUCAUUCGUUCUAUCGAUAGACUGUUAGACCUGUUUUCUUCAUUUCCUAGCAACAGUUAAACAGACAAUAUGAUUCCUUCGUUAUGUACAUUCUUCACUACCGUUGCUGCCCUGACAGCAACGGCUCAUGCUCUCCCACAACAAGGUAGUGGCUUUGGAUCUUCAUCCUCGACCAGUUCUUCCUUUGCUGUAGCAAGCUCUAGUUCGACAGCCUCAGCCUCGGCUUCAUCUUCGACUUCGACGACGGCCUGCAAUAACUCCCCUAGCCUAUGCAGCCGCUCAUAUAGCAAUGUAACUCACAUGGGUGCUCACGAUUCUGCGUUUCUGCGAGAUGCGUCCACAAGUAACUCAGUAGCUGGAAAUCAGUACUACAACGCAACCGUCGCUUUAGAUGCAGGGAUCCGGUUACUCCAGGCCCAAGUCCACGACAAGAGCGGUGUUAUCCAACUAUGUCACACAUCCUGCAACCUGCUCGAUGCCGGUACGCUCCAGAGCUGGUUAACAUCCAUCAAAUCCUGGAUGGACUCCAACCCGAACGAGGUAGUAACACUGCUUCUCGUCAACUCCGACAGCAAGACCGCAGACCAAUUCGGAACUGUCUUCAGCGCCUCGGGCAUUAGCACAUACGGGUACGAACACUCAGGUAGCACGUGGCCAACGCUACAAGAGAUGAUCACCUCAAACAAGCGACUUGUGACUUUCAUCGCCUCGAUCACGACCAGCACGACAUACCCGUACCUGCUGUCGGAAUUCGACCACAUCUUCGAGACAGCGUAUGACGUGACGUCCCUCUCGGGCUUCAACUGCACGCUCGACCGGCCAUCGACGCAGAGCUCCGCCAGCGCCGCCAUAACCGCCGGCAUGAUGCCGCUGAUGAACCACUUCGCGUACCAGCUCCUCGCGGCAUCCAUCGAGAUCCCAGACGUCGACUCCAUCGCCACAACCAACAGCCCGUCUACCUCCACGACCGGCAACCUCGGCCUCCACGCGCAGAACUGCAACAGCGAGUGGACCAAAGCCCCCACUUUCGUCCUUGUCGACUUCUUCAACGAGGGCCCUGCUAUCACCACCGCUGAUAAUCUGAAUGGUAUCUCGGCCGUCGGUCGCUCGACUAAGGCUAUGACUUCGACGACUGUGACUACGGCUGCGGCGGGUAGGACCGGCGGGCUGGGGAUGGGUGCUGGGGCGCUGGUUGCUUUUUUGGUCGCUACGCUGGUCCUUGUUUAGGGGCGAGGUGGUGAUAUAUACAUUACCUGCACAUCACGUAUUCCAACAUACUUCGACAUAUUUCGAACAUAUACAAGAGAAGAAGGAGAAAAAAAGGGGCGGUUGCGGGUUUUCUUUGUCUGGGUCGGGCUGGUUGGCAUUGCAUAGCGAUGGCGUUUUAUUUUUUUUUAUUACUUUUUAUCACUAAAACGGAUGCACAGUUUAGCGUGCCGUUUAUCUAGAAAGGUCGGUAUCUAAGAGUAGGUACCUACAUAGAGAAUGCAAGAUCGGCCUGCGUAUAUAGCUAGGCGUGGGCUGGAAAUCCUGAAAAGAAGGAUGGAAUGGGUGGAUGGAUACCUAGUACCGGGGUUAGAGUGCGGAUUCCGGCUUGAGGGCUGGGGAUUGGGACUUACUCGGAUAGAGGCUAGAUGCUGAUAUAUAUACCCUACAUAGGUGGGCGAGGUAUAUAUCAUUUGUAGAUAGAUACAAUUGAAAUGGCCCGUAAAGGGGUCUUCAAGGCAUUCCUUAUCUCCGGAUUGCUUCGGAUUUGUGUGAUUGAAAGUCGUAAAAUCCUUCGUUGGGUUAGAAGGUGAUCCUGACAAUGAUCUAAGCAUUUCGCAACGUAACAACCCUCACAGUUUUGUAAACAAGAUAAAAUCGCAAGGCUGAUGUAGCAGAGGCAUUCAUUAUAUGAUGGGUAUCUCAACUGCGAAAUAACGAC